AUGGAGAAACAGAGCAAAAUUCGGGCCUUGGUAAGGAGCGUCAGGACCAGGGGGUAUGUCGACCUCAUGCAACUGGCUACACUACAAGGCCUCAUGAUCUCCACGAUCGAGCACUGCGGACACCUGAUCGCGCAAGGCAAAUGGUCCCCACAACAAGCCUCUCACAGCAUAAAUUGGCUGGAACUCCGGGCUGUCUCCCUAGCACUGAGGGCCUCUCACCAACACAUGCAGGACCAGCACCUGCUAGUACGCACAGACAACAUGUCCACAAAGGCACACAUCAACCGACAGGGAGGCACCAGGUCGAAAUCCCUAUUCAAGGAGUCAAGGAUUCUGCUUCAAUGGGCAGAACAAUACACCUUAAGUCUCCGGGCAGAACACCUAAGGGGCCUGUCCAACCAACAGGCGGACUGGCUAAGCAGGGAGAACCUGAACCCGGGCAAAGAAGUAUUCACCGAGAUCACACGGCGAUUCGGAAUGCCUGUGAUGGACCUCCUUGCGAACUCUCAGAAUCACCAAGUCGACCAGUUCCUAUCCCGAUACCACUACUCGGGAGCAGAGGGGAUUGACGCACUCUCUCACCCAUGGCCACAGGGCCUACUAUACGCCUUCCCACCUACAGCCCUCAUAGGGGAUGACUACAUCAAGAGCUGGGAGGAUAAUCAGCCAGCUGAUGAAGGUGUGGAUACUACUAAGGAUCCCUGCCAGAAAGUUAAAUGCAGCCGUCAUAAAGUGUGCAUUGCCCAGGGCUACCAGCGGGCCAUGUGUAUUAGCCGCAAGAAACUGGAGCACAGAAUCAAGCAGCCUGCCCUGAAACUCCAUGGAAACAAGGACAGCUUUUGCAAGCCUUGUCACAUGACCCAGCUCGCAUCUGUCUGUGGCUCUGAUGGACACACUUACAGCUCUGUGUGUAAACUGGAGCAGCAGGCCUGCCUAACCAGCAAACAGCUGACAGUCAAGUGCGAGGGGCAGUGUCCGUGCUCAACCGAACAUAACCCGACCUCAGCCACAGAUGUCAAGCAAGAGACCUGCACUGGCCAAGACUUGGCAGACCUGGGUGAUCGGCUACGUGACUGGUUCCAGCUGCUUCAUGAGAAUGCCAAGCAGAACAGCUCUGGGAGCACAGGGGCCAGUCCAGUGAAUGUGCUGGACAAGAGCCUGGUAGCCAGUUGCAAGGACUCCAUUGGCUGGAUGUUUUCCAAACUGGACACCAACGGGGACCUUUUCCUGGACCAGACAGAGCUGGCAGCCAUCAACCUGGACAAGUACGAGAUUUGCAUCCGGCCUUUCUUCAACUCCUGCGACACCUAUAAGGAUGGACGCGUCUCCACUGCGGAGUGGUGCUUCUGUUUCUGGAGAGAAAAGCCUCCCUGUCUUGUGGAGCUGGAGAGAAUUCAGAUCCAGGAAGCAGCAAAAAAGAAACCUGGGGUUUUCAUUCCCAGCUGCGAUGAGGAUGGCUACUACCGGAAGAUGCAGUGUGAUCCAGGCAGUGGAGAGUGUUGGUGUGUUGACCAUCUUGGCAUGGAGCUAACAGGAACACGGAUGCAUGGGACCCCAGAUUGUGAUGACAUAGUUGGGUUCUCAGGGGACUUUGGGAGUGGUGUUGGAUGGGAAGACGAGGAAGAGAAAGAGGUGGAAGAAACUGGCGAGGAGGCCGAAGAAGAGGAGGGAGAGGCAGGGGAGGCCGAUGAUGGAGGCUACAUCUGGUAGAAGUGGUGACAAGCACAGUUUGGUCGGGAUGCUGGCUGAAGGGCUGGGAGACAGCAGUCAAAACUCAAGGGAGAGGAACAGCUUAACAAGAUG